GGCAAGCUACAGUGUUGUGUUUUGUUUUUGUUUUUUUGGUGGGGGGGAAGGUUACAGCAUACAAUAUGUUCUAAUAAUAUCUUUUAUUUUACCUCCAUCAGCCUUCUGUUGCGGUUCACAGAUGAUACAUUUGACCCAGAACUUGCAGCAACAAUUGGUGUUGACUUCAAGGUGAAAACUAUUUCAGUUGAUGGAAAUAAAGCUAAGCUGGCAAUAUGGGAUACUGCAGGUCAGGAGCGGUUUAGAACCCUAACGCCUAGUUACUAUAGAGGUGCACAGGGUGUUAUCCUAGUUUAUGAUGUCACAAGAAGAGAGACCUUUUUAAAAUUGGAUAAUUGGUUAAAUGAAUUGGAAACAUACUGCACAAGGAAUGACAUAGUUAAAAUGCUAGUUGGAAACAAGAUUGAUAAGGAAAACCGGGAAGUUGACAGAAAUGAAGGUCUCAAAUUUGCAAGAAAACAUUCCAUGUUGUUCAUAGAGGCAAGUGCGAAAACAUGUGAUGGUGUACAGUGUGCCUUUGAAGAACUUGUUGAAAAAAUCAUUCAGACUCCUGGACUGUGGGAAAGUGAGAAUCAAAACAGAGGGGUAAAAUUAUCGAACAAGGAAGAAGGCUACGGAGGAGCAGGCUGUGGUGGAUACUGCUCUAUGUUAUAAACUCUGGGAAGCUUAUCCUUAUGCAUAUUUAAGCAGAUAGUGACAUCUUUCUGUAAAUAAACUCAUUAACUGCUAUUUUUAGGGACCUUGCAGUUUGCACAUACUUUGUUUUUGUAUCAUGGCAGUGAACAUUUGUAGAAAAAUGUGCUCAGCAGCUUUCCCAGUUGAAAAGUGUUAUGGUAAGCAUGCCCAAUUUGCAUUCUUCAGGUUUUUAUAUGUAGCAUAAAUAGUGCGCAAAAAGAGAAAAUACACUCAAAUUUUAUGACCUUAUAUAUUCAUCAUGUAACUAUUCUAAACGAAUCCAUCUGACAAAUACACAUUGCUGCAUUCUGUCUACUUUGUCUCCCUCCUCUCUCUCUUUUUUUUUUUUUUUUUUUUUUUUUUUUUAAGUCUUUUUAUUCUAGAACUACGUUGUUUGAAAAGAUUUUGACAAUGAUGCAAGCUAUAUAUGUAAUCUCUUCUGGGUAAAGCUUUUUCUCUAUAGUAAAAAAAGUGCAUAAUCAUGCCUUUUUUAAACAAAGUUUUGUUUAAUGCCAUGCAUUUAGCAGACUUGUCUAAACCAUGGCCUGUUCCAGUUUGCAGUUUUAUCAUCUGCACUUGUCUUGAAGAGAGGCGUUGAAAAGUUGAACAAACCCAAAAAUUGCAGGGGAAAGGAUCAUUUUGGGUGUUGUAUGGGGGGGUUUUUAGUGGGUGUUUGGUUUUUUGUUUUGUUUUAUCAUUGCUUCAGUUGACUGCUGUAACUGGAGUUUUAAUCCUGAUAUUUAUACUAAAUUCAUGGCACUCUGGCACUGUAGUUUUUAUGAUGCAAUUGACUGUCCUGCAGUAGAAAGUUUUCAUUUUUGGCUUAGGGUUUGAGUGAUGUCUUCUCUCCAUGUGAAUUAACUUGCCACACUUCGGUACAGACGCUUCCCUUAAUGUUUAUAAUGUACUUCAGUCUCAGUAUCACAAAACUGUAGCUCCCUGUGAUUAUGAAGGUCUGUAUCACAUGAUUGCUUUGUGUGGAUAUUGUUCAGAACUAUAACUUCCUGUCACAAAAGCACUAAAUAUGGGGAAGUUGUACUGCUUCUGAAUCUGUAUGGAAAGUACUAUUGCAAUGAGUGUUUCACUUGGGUUUACUGUAACAGCCAAUGGUUUGUUUCAGAGGACUUGUAUAGACUAAUAAAUUCUUUUUCCACAGUGUUCAACUUUUUUUUCUAACCUCUUCCUAUUGUAUAUUUUCUAUAUACAGUUUAGACAAGGUCACUUUUUAUGAAGUGACUAUUUCUGAUGUUAUGAUGACAAAACUAGGAUACUAUGGUUUUUAAAGCUAAUUGUUAUACAUACAAGUAACUGAACUACUGGACGGUUUCUUGUAAAUACAUAGUUAAAAUACCUUUCUAAUACUAUGGCACUUUUGUACGUGUCACCACUACGUGAUCUGUAUUUUGCAACAACUUGAGCUGUUUUUGGUUAAAUACACUUAAUCACAUAUGGAAACCUUGUUUUCAACUUUUGUCCACACUUGCUAGGAAACAUUACGAAAAUUUAAAUGUGCUAGCUGUUUUUACUAAGUACUGUAUCUCUUACUGUUAAUGUAGCAAGUUUAAUAUGUAAAUGUAAUUAUUAUUAUUAUUUAAUACACACCUCCAUGUUGCA